AUGUCCCAACCACAUACACCUUUCGAUCCAUUCUUCGGAGCCGAUGGUUCAGAUGGCGUGGAUGGUGUGGAAAAAGAGAAGGAGAAGGACGGUGUACCCGAUGGUGUACCCGACGGCGUAGGCCGCCCUUCGGAUUCUCAACCAACAGCAUGCCACGGCGAGCUCGACAAGGAACAGCAAGACAGGCUCGGCAAGCGUGAAUUACAGGAAACGGACUGCUACGACAAACUCGGUUUCACCUUCCCCAAGUGGAAAAAAUGGGGUAUCCUCUCGGUUAUCUUCAUCGUCCAAGUUUCAAUGAACUUUAACGCCGGUUUCUACGCUAGUGGUGUUCCGCUGUUUGCAGAUCAUUUUGGGAUAUCAGAGCAGGCGGCCAGAGUUGGUCAGAUGGAUUUCCUCAUUGCAUACGGGUUUGGGAGUGAAUUCUGGGCGCCAUGGAGUGAAGAAUUUGGUCGGUGGCCGGUCAUGCAGCUGAGCUUGUUGCUAGUCAACAUAUGGCAGAUUCCGUGUGCGUUGGCGCCGAAUUUUGGUACGAUUGUCGUCUGCCGUAUCCUUGGUGGACUGUCGUCUGCUGGUGGUUCCGUCACUCUUGGUAUGGUGGCAGACAUGUGGGAGGCCGAGGAGCAGCAAUACGCUGUCGCGUUUAUUGUCUUUUCAUCAGUGGCUGGAUCAGUGAUUGCCCCUGUUGUGGGUGGCUUUUCAACGACAUUCUUGAACUGGCACUGGAACUUCUGGCUGCAGCUUAUUCUUGGGGGCUUUGUGCAGGCAGUCCACUUCUUUGUUCCAGAGACUAGAUGCAGUAUCUUGGUUACUCGUGAAGCUAGAAGGCGACGGAAGAUGGGUGAGGAGGUAUACAGCGGCGACGAACUGAAAGGGAAGCACAUCACCGUGAAACAUCUGCUGAUGGUGUGGAGUCGUCCGUUUAUCAUGUUUGUCCGAGAGCCGAUUGUGCUAUGCCUGUCCAUGCUCAGUGGCUUCAGUGACUCCCUAAUUUUCACUUUCCUGCAGUCUUUUACGCCGGUUUUCAAGCAGUGGGGGUUUAACACGAUCACGAUUGGGUUGUCUUUUCUUCCACUCCUAGUCGGCUAUGUCAUCGCCUAUUUCUCUUUCUUUCCCUUUUUCCACAAACACUGCAGAGUCCGAGAACGCGACCCCGAUGCCCUCCAGCCGGAAGCCCGGUUGUAUUGGCUUUUAUGGACUGCACCACUCCUGGUAAUCGGCCUUUUCGGCUUUGCUUGGACCAGUUUAGGACCCCCGCAUGUGCACUGGAUAGCGCCAAUGAUUUUCUCAUCACUCAUUGCAAUAGCCAACUAUGCCAUUUACAUGGCAACAAUCGACUAUAUGGUCGCCUCCUACGGACCGUAUUCAGCCUCAGCAACAGGUGGUAAUGCCCUAGCCAGAGAUUUCCUUGCUGGCAUUGCUGCCAUGUAUUCAACACCAAUGUACGAACACAUGGGCCACUCCAAUCCACUCGAAUGGGCCUCCACACUCCUCGGUUUCCUCGCCAUUGGCUUCAUUAUCCCCAUCUACGUCUUCUACUGGAACGGACCGAAGAUCCGCGAGAAAUCUAAAUUCGCUCUGGUCCUCGCUAGUGAUCGGAAGAAGGCCCAGCGUAGGGUUUCGCAGUGUGGCUCUGGAGAGCCAGGUCCGGAGGAACAUUACUUUUCUGGUUCGGGGGCGGUUUGA